UGACCAUCCUGUGUUUAGUCAGUGUAACGCUUGCACUUAAAAGACAAGCAUUUGUCAUUUACUAACUACAUAAGCACUCUUUACACACUUGUAAUGUAAUCUUGACAAAACCGCUGCUCGCAGCUUCGUAUAGCUGAAAGCGGACCAUGGCGGCUGCCAUGAGCAGCAACACAACCACGCUUCAGAUCAAGUAUUCCAGUGUCGAGCAUACGCGGAAACGCAUAGACCCUCGGAGGAGACAAGCCGCGCUCUCUUUUCUCAGUAACAUUUCUUUGGAUGGUCGACCCGUGCAAGAUGAUGCCGACAAUCAGAUCGAAGAGGAUAAUUCAAUUGAGGCCAGAACUAGACAGAGCCUGGUUUCCACAGCAGAGCGCUCGCUGUACGCGGUUGGCAGUGGCGCUGCGGUAGCAACCCCCACCGCCGCCCAGGCGCUCGCUAUUGCAAACCAGGCUCUGAUUGCUAACACCCGAGCCAGUUUUGGGAUUGGUUCAGCCGCUGCAGCUCCAGCAUGUACAUAUCCGGAAGGGGAUGCUUUCGGCCCUUCGAUUUUCAGUUCGCCCUUCUCUGUAGUACCAGCCGCGACUAGAAGCAGGCUUCAGACCUACACUCAGGGAGUCGUGCCUGCUGCCCACUCCAGGCAGGCUUCCCAGGUCUGCUGUCUGGAGGGAGGACAGAUCGCCAACUCGGGACUGGAACUGCAGAGAUCAAGACGGAGGCUCAUCUCUCAGCGUUCCUCCUUGGAGACACUGGAAGACAUUGAGGAGAACGCCCCUCUACGCAGAUGCAGAACCCUCUCAGGUUCACCCCGACCAAAGAGCUUCAAGAAGGUUCACUUCAUCAAGAACAUGAGGCACCAUGAUAUGCGCAAUGGAAGGAUAGUCCUAAUCAGUGGCAGAAGAUCCCUUUAUAGUGUAUUUUCUGUCCUGCCCUAUCGAGAUUGUAGCCAAGCAGGGGAUGUGAAACUGGAAAGCGGGCGGCAGCGGCACCCCUCGGGCGGGGUCAGUGCCAAGGAGAUGGUGAUCGGGCUGGAGGGAGUGGAGCUGGGUGCCGACGGAAAGACUGUGUCGUACACCCAGUUCCUGUACCCCACCAACGCCCUGGACAGCGGUCGCAGGAACACCAUAGACUCCGUGUCGUCCUUCACUCAGUCUCGUAACGUCAGCCACCGCAGUCUCAGCCUGGGCCGGGCCAACAGCAACCAGAGCAGCAUCGACACGGGGAACGAUCUGGGGGACUUGAUCCGGGAGUACGACCCUAAUCUGUUGGACGAUCCCCAGUGGCCGUGUGGGAAGCACAAGAGAGUCCUAAUCUUCCCCUCAUACAUGACUACAGUCAUAGAGUAUGUCAAGCCUUCUGACCUCAAGAAGGACAUGAACGAGACAUUCAAGGAGAAGUUCCCCCACAUACGGCUGACCCUCAGCAAAGUCAGGAGUCUGAAGAGAGAGAUCCGUAAGCUGGCCCAGGAGGAGUGUGGCUAUGAGGAAGCCACCGUAGCCAUGGCCUUCGUCUACUUCGAGAAGCUGGUCCUCCAGGGGAAACUCAACAAGCAGAACCGCAAACUCUGCGCCGGCGCCUGCGUCCUGCUCGCCGCCAAGAUCGGCGGAGACCUCAAGAAGCACGAGGUCAAGCAGCUCAUAGACAAACUGGAGGAGAGGUUUCGUGUGAACAGGAGGGAGCUGAUAGCCUUUGAGUUCCCUGUGUUGGUGGCCCUGGAGUUCAACCUGCACCUGCCUGAGAACGAGGUCAUGCCCCACUACAGACGCCUCGUCCAGACCUCCUAGCAUUAGUGACCCAUCAGGAGGAGCACCCAGCCCUCCUGAUCCAGGACCAGGAGACCCACCCUACUGGACCACCCCACCUCACCGAGUCCCACGACCAGCUGGUCUCCCUGCAGCCUGGAGAUCCAUCGUGGACCAUAGUGUUGGAGAUCCUCUACACGCUACUGCAGGCCACAUUCAUAUGUACAUUUUCAGAUCGAGACUUGAAAGCAGCCAAAGUUACCCGUAUUCUUACUUCAACAUACUUCUACUUUCUUUAACACUAUUUACACCUUCAAAGGAUUGGUAGCUGAAAGUUGGCGAAAGUUGUUCAUAACAAAUCAUUUUUUUUGUAAUCCUUGCUUGGCAUGUUUUGGUUGCCUUAUGAUUGUCAUGAAGAACGAAGCAAACCUGUCGCGUGGCCGAUUUUGACAGGACUGUUAUCCCAGUGACUCUGUGCUUUUUGAAAAACUUUUUCCAGUCUCCUCACUAGAAGUGCACUUUCUGAAUAUUGCAGACAUGGAUAGAGGCCAUUUUCAGAGACUCCUGACUGGGUGAGGGUUGUGAAACAACCUCAUUCUGAUCAAUUUGAGUUGACUCAAACCCCAUAAGGGAAGAUGAUCUAAAUGGCUUUCAAUAGAUGUUCUAAUCCAUUUCCUUUUUCUGUUUACUAGCCACCAAUCCCACUAUCCGCAUGACAAUUUAUCGACACAACCUUUUCGAUUGCAAAAUACUUACAGAUUUAAUAGGAUUUUAUACUGUACAUUAUUCAGUACAUUUAAGUACUCUUCUUGUUUUCUACCUGUUGAGUGCUUGCUUUGGACAUUAUGUGAAUGGGCCCACUCUUGUCAUUCAAUGUGUAAUCUCCUGUGCUCUAUAUUAGAGUGUAUUAUCGGCACGUUUCUAGUGCUUUACUAGAGUGGGUGGAAAGGUAUCGGGAGUAGGGCAUGAUGUUGCCAAUGCUACAGCUGUGAUAUUGAAACUGAACUUGAAUUAGCGUCAUAAUCACAAUAUCUGUCAAGACUUGACAAAGUGGUUGAUAUGGCAGGUGAUCAAUUUGUCAUGGUCACAAUAUGAUUGUGCCAUCUGUCUUGUAUGACAACUGGUUCCAGUUCGAAGGUCACCAUUGUUAGUGUCCCAGUCAUUAUUAAAUAGAAUGUUGUUGCCCUGCCCGACUGUAGGGAAAAUAACCUUGGCUCACAGCAAAAACUUGACCUUUUUUCAAACACAAUUUUCUUGUUGUCUGCUUGUGUUUGUCAAUUAAAGUGACAGUUAAGAAAAAUAAAACAUGUCUAAGGAUGACUUUUCAACAUUGCCUGCUCUCAAGCGUUCUCACUACUUAGAAAAUCGUAAUAUUGUAGGGCUUCCCUUAUGCCCCUUUUCAUGAAGGCGUUAACGUUAGCCACGUGAGUGCUAGCUAGCUACCAACCAGAACAUUAAACUAGCCAAGACCAACAACACAAACAAACUGACUAUAAAGCUACAAGUAGUGAUUGGAGUUACACACAGACCUGUGAUUAAAUGUUUUCUAAACAAAUAACUAUGUGUAGCCUACUUGGACACUGGGUCCCCACAAUUUCCCAAACUCCCACACUGAAUAGUCUGAAGCCACAGGGCUCUUCUCCCAUGCUCUAUUUCCCUACGUGGGAGCAUUGCAAACCGUAGGUUGGGAUUUACCAGGUACAUAAGCAUGUACAGCGCAUUCGGAAAGUAUUCAGACCCCUUUACUUUUUCCACAUUUUGUUACGUUACAGCCUUAUUAUAAAACAGAUCCUCAUCAAUACCCCAUAAUGACAAAGCAAAAACUGUUUUUUUUUUUAGAAAUGUUGGCAAAUUUAUAAAAAUGUAAAAAACGGAUCACAUUUACAUAAGUAUUCAGACGCUUUACUCAGUACUUUGUUGAAGCACCUUUGGCAGCGAUUUCAGCCUCAAGUCUUCUUGAGUAUGACGCUAUAAGCUUGGCACACCUGUAUUUGGGGAGUUUCUCCCAUUCUCCUCUGCAGAUCCUCAAGCUCUGUCAGUUUGGAUGAGGAACGUUGGUGCACAGCUAUUUUCAGGUCCCCAGAGAUGUUCGAUCGGGUUCAAGUCCGGGCUCUGGUUGGGCCAUGCAAUGACAUUGAGACUUGUCCUGAAGCCACUCCUGCGUUGUCUUGGCUGUGUGCUUAGAGUCGGUGUCUUAUUGGAAGGUGAACCUUUAUCCCAGUCGGAGGGACUGAGCACUCUGGAGCAGUUUUUCAUCUAUUAUCUCUCUGUACUUAAAUCCGUUCAUCUUUCCCUCGAUCCUGAAUAGUCUCCCAGUCCCUGCUGCUGAAAAACAUCCCCACAGCAUGAUGCUGCCAACACCAUGCUUCACCGUAGGGAUGGUGCCAGGUUUCCUCCAGACGUGACGCUUGGCAUUCAUCCCAAAGAGUUCAAUCUUGGUUUCAUCAGACCAGAUAAUCUUGUUUCUCAUGGACUGAGAGUCUUUAGGUGCCUUAUGGCAAACUCCAAGCAGGCUGUUAUGUGCCUUUUACUGAGGAGUGGCUUCCGUCUGGCCACUCUACCAUAAAGGCCUGAUUGUUGAAGUCCUGCAGAGAUGAUUGUAGGGUUGUUGCCACAGUCGGAAGUCCUGAACGCUCUGGAGCAGGUUUUCAUCAAGGAUCUCUCUGUACUUUGCUCCGUUCAUCUUUCCCUCGAUCCUGACUAGUCUCCCAGUCCCUGCCACUGAAAAGCAUCCCUACAGCAUGAUGCUACCACCACCAUGCUUCCCCGUAGGGAUGGUGCCAGGUUUCCUCCAGACGUGAUGCUUAGUACUCAGGCCAAAUAGUACAAUCUUGGUUUCAUCAGACCAGAGAAUCUUGUUUCUCAUGGUCUAAGUGUGGGCUGUCAUGUGCCUUUCACUGAGGAGUGGCUUCCGUCUGGCCAAUCUACCAUAAAGGCCCGAUUGGUGGAGUGCUGCAGAGAUGGUUGUCCUUCUGGAAUGUUCUCCCAUCUCCACAGAGCAACUUGGGUUCUUGGUUACCUCCCUGACCAAGGCCCUUCUCCCCUGAUUGCUCAGUUUGGCUUGGCGGCCAGCUCUAGGAAGAGUCUUGGUGAUUCCAAACUUGGAGGACACUGUGUUCUUGGGGACCUUCAAUGCUGCAGAAAUGUUUGGUACCCUUCCCCAGAUCUGUGCCUCGACACAAUCCUUUCUCUGAGCUCUACGGACAAUUCCUUCGACCUCAUGGCUUGGUUUUUGCUCUGACAUGCACUGUCAACUGUGGGACCUUAUAUAUACCGGUGUGUGCCUUUCCAAAUCAUGUCCAAUCAGUUGAAUUUACCACAGGUGGACUCCAAUCAAGUUGUAGAAACAUCUCAAGGAUGAUCAAUGGAAACAGGAUGCACGUGCUCAAUUUCAAGUAUCAUAGAAAAGAGUCUGAAUACUUAAGGUAUUUCUGUUUUAGUUUUUUUAAUAGAUUUGCAACAAUUUAAAAAAAACGGUUUUCACUUGGUCAUUAUGGGGUAUUGUGUGUAGAUUGAGGGUAAAAAAAAAAAAGUUAUCAAUUUUAGAAUAAGGCUGUAACAUAACAAAAUGUGGUAAAGUCUAGGGGACUGAAUACUUUCCGAAUGCACUGUACAUAAGAAUUUUGCUACACCCGUGAUUACAUCUGCAAAUAUGUGUUCAUGACCAAUACAAUUUGAUCGAACAACACAGCAGGUUUCCGACACGUUUGUUAUUUCUUUAUAAAAUAAAAUCUACGAUGAAGUUGUUUCUUUUACAGUGGGGGUCAAUGGGAAAGAAUGUUUGUUUUCUCCAAUUUGUGGGCGUGGUCGAGGGGAAUUCCUUAUGACAGAAUACUGACUCGGAAUAUGCUAAUGCUAUUUUUAUGACAUCAUAGCGGUGUUACCAAGAGUUUCUCUUGAAAAACAGGAAAGUAUUGUUUAUUUUAUCAGAUCAAAAUCGUUUUUGUCUUUUGUACUACACUGUCUGAUUUUAAUUAUACAGAAAAGAUGCUGAAAUCAGGGUGAUAUACUAUUGUUAGAUGUUAUGUUUUGAUUUCUAAGCCCAAAGAAUUUGUUGUAGAUACACACUUUUAUGGUUUGGCAGAAAGCUCAUGGUCAACAACACCAAAAUACACAUGUGUAUGUUUGUAAAUAUACUGCCUUGCUUGUUCAAUAAAAACAAGAUUCCUGAAAUGUGA